GGUAUUGUCAGGCUACAUAUGAUACUUUUGUUUAAUUAAAAAAUCAUUAAAAUGUCCUUAAUAAAAGCCUUAUCAGCUGCUACUGAUUCCUUAAUCACCUCAGGAACAACCAAAAUAUUUGGUUUCACACAAAAAAGAUCCGGUGCUGGAUGGACAGAUUGGCGUAUGAUCAAGGAUUAUAAGAAGCGUAUGGUAGUAAAAGAGCAUGCAGUCGAUAGAAUAAGAGUAAAUACAUUGAGAAAGAACGAUAUUUUGCCAAUAGAAAUAAGAGAAGCAGCAUCAACAGAACUUCAUAACAACUUCCCGAGAGACUCAAACCUUAAUCGAGUUGUGUAUCGUUGCAUGGUCACUAGUCGUCCUCGAGGAAACUUAAUGAAAUUCCGUCUGAGUAGAAUAAUGUUUAGACACUUUGCUGAUUAUAACAAGCUAUCAGGUGUUCAAAGAGCUAUGUGGUAAAGCAGUUGCAGUCCAGAGUUUUUGUAGUAUCAAGAUUUUUAUUUAAGGGUUUAACAAAAUUAAAUAAAAUCAUUCAGUCUGAUGAUUCAAACAUUCUCUUUUAAUUCC